AAAGCGCGACUGUCGCAAAAUGCUGCGCUACGCGAUCUGUAAUAGAAAGUAUUUACAAAUACCGAUAUUAUCAAAUUCUUUAUCAACAAAUCAGUUCAAUGAAUCAAAAGUUUAUAAUUUCACUUCAAGAUUACAAUCACUGGCAGAUAAAAGUAAAAAUAUUUUAAUGAAUCGUGAUCCUUAUUCUCCACCAGAAGAUGUUGAAUUACGUAUUGAAGCUUUAAGUAAAAAGUUAUUCAAUUUGAGUUCAUCAAACAAUAAUCAAUGGAAAGCUUAUCAUUUUCAGAAUAAUGAUGAAAAAUAUAAAAUAUUUACCGCAUGUAUUACAGAGUUUAAACAUCAUAUUGCCAAUAGUUACCUUCAUGAAAUUAAUUCUAUUGAAGAUUUAAUCAAUUAUUUUAUGACACCAGUAGAAACACCAGAUUUUUUAUAUAAAUUAACAUCAGAUGCCAAAAAUAAUGUUUGUGAAUUACCAUCGAAUUUAAAUAUACAAUUAGAACCAGUACGUUAUAAUCCAAAUGAAGAUCAUUUUUUCAAAGUUAAUGCUUAUCCUGGUCGAUCAACAAUUGUUAGUAAUUUGGCUGCUACUAAAAAAUAUCCAAGUUAUCGUGUUAGUCGUUUAAAACGUAUUCGAGUUGAAUAUGAAGAUAUGUAGUCAAGAUUAUCCUUCAAUGAUGUUGUAUAUAGGCAAAGUAUAUUUAUGUACCAAUGCAAAUCUGUAUAUUCAUGUAUUGUUUUCAAUGAAAAUAUACUUUAAUAAUCUCUAUGAU